UCAGACAAAUAUGGCAAAGAGUGGCAUUUUGGUAAUUGUUUCAGCUCUUGUUGUUCUUGCAGUUUGUGGUGUUUUUGCUGAGGAGAAGGAAUAUGUGUUGACUUUGGACCAUACUAACCUCACUGAGACUGUUGCUAAGCACAACUUCAUUGUUCUUGAAUUCUAUGCACCUUGGUGUGGUCACUGUAAGAAUCUUGCUCCUGAGUAUGAAAAAGCUGCCUCAGAGCUGAGUAGUCAUGACCCUCCAAUCGUUCUAGCUAAGUAUGAUGCAAGUGAUGAAGCCAAUAGAGAACUUUCAAAACAGUACGAGAUCCAGGGUUUCCCAACUAUUAAGAUCUUGCGGGAUGGAGGAAAGAAAGUUCAAGAAUAUAACGGUCCUCGUGAAGCAGCUGGUAUUGUAUCCUAUUUGAAGAAACAAGUGGGUCCUGCAUCUGCUGAAAUCAAGUCGAAGGAGGAUGCCACAAACCUUAUUGAUGAGAAAAGUAUCUUUGUUGUUGGUAUAUUUCCAGACCCCUCCGGAGAGAAAUUCGAGAACUAUUUAACACUAGCUGAAAAACUGCGAGGCGAGGUCGAUUUUGCUCACACUGUUGAUGCUAAACACCUCCCUCGGGGUGGACCAGUCAACAAGCCCACUCUUCGUCUUCUAAAGCCAUUUGAUGAACUCUUUGUUGAUUUUGAGGACUUUGAAGUCGAUGCAAUGGAGAAGUUCAUUUCUGAAUCUAGUAUUCCUAUUGUUACUAUUUUUAACAAUGACCCAAACAACCAUCCUUAUGUUAACAAGUUCUUCGAAGGCACCAACGCCAAGGCAUUGCUAUUUGUGAACUUUAGCUCUGAUUUUGAUGCUUUUAAGUCCAAGUACAACGAUGUUGCUGUGCUUUACAAAGGGGAUGGGGUGAGCUUUCUCUUGGGUGAUGUUGAGGCUGGUCAAGGUGCUUUUGAGUACUUCGGACUGAAGCCGGAACAGGCACCUGUGAUCAUCAUAAUGGACACUGAGGAACAGAAGUAUGUUAAGGACCAUGUGGAACCUGAUGCCAUUGCUGCUUAUUUGAAGGAUUACAAGGAUGGAAAACUGAAGCCACAUGUAAAGUCACAGCCCAUCCCUGAAGUCAAUGACGAACCUGUUAAGGUGGUUGUUAGGGAUACCCUCCAGGAUAUGGUUUACAACUCGGGAAAAAACGUGUUGUUAGAGUUCUAUGCACCUUGGUGUGGCCACUGCAAGAGUCUCGCUCCAAUUUUGGAUGAAGUGGCUGUAUCAUUUGAAAGCGAUGCUGAUGUUCUCAUUGCAAAACUGGAUGCAACUGCAAAUGAUCUCCCUAAAGGUGACUUCGACGUUCAGGGAUUCCCUACCAUGUACUUCAGAUCCGCCUCUGGUAACUUGUCACAGUACAAUGGUGAGAGAACAAAAGAGGCUAUCAUCGAAUUUAUCGAGAAUAAUCGUGACAAGCCUGCUCAGUCAGACUCUGCCAAAGUUGAUUCAGCAAAGGAUGAACUUUAGAGGACUCUAGGAACAUUGUGUACUGGUGGAUUCAAGUUUUGUUGGAAGCAUUGUGUUCUGGUGGAUUCAACAUCCCACCCGACCCUCUUUGCCGACUGCUGCUCUCCCCAUGCACUCUUUGCUUCCUAUGCUCCCGUUGUAGUUCUUGGAGCUUUUCAGCGCCAAUAAAACGGUUGUAUGUAUCCAUUUUGUGUAUCGAAUGUAGCUGGAUUAUGAGUUGUUAU